UUUGCUUACAUAUUUACCUGUUCCCUUAUUUAACCUUAGUACAACGUUUUUCGUUUUUUCAAUUCAGUUGCUGUUCAACUAACGUAACGCGUGCAACUACCUCCAAAAAGGGGUUAAAUAUAUACGAUAAAAUAUUUGUUUUCCUUCAGUGGCGCCAAAUAUUUAAAUAUUAAAAAACAAAAGAUUACAAUUCAUAUGAUAUUUGUGCUGGCCCCGCAACUCCCCAUUGAUCCCCCUUGAGUAACUUAGUGGCUUCUACAGUGCGUGGCAAUAACUCAUGGCCGCUAGCAAACUUUCAACAGCGACGGUAACAACGAGCAUCAAGCAUCAAAAUCCAUUCGAUGGCAUUUGUGCGAAAAUCUCAGCGUUCUACUUCGACUUAGAUAAUACACUUAUCCCAACGCGGGCCGGUGACUCCAAAGCAAUACGCAAGCUUGCCGACGUGCUGGAAACGCAGUAUAGCUUUACCAAAGAUGAUGCCAAUCUGGCCACACAGAACUUUUUAAAGUCCUUCCGUCGCUGUCCGGACAAUUCGCAGACGUCGCUGGACUCGUGGCGGACACAUUUGUGGCGCGAAUCGUUGCAGCAGAAGCAUAAACAUCUGGCCGAUGACAUCUAUCCGCAGUGGCUGAAACUACGCUAUCGUUAUUUGGCCGUGCCGCAGGAUUAUGUGCAACUAUUGCAGCGUAUGCGACGUGCCGGCUAUGCCCUGGCACUUAUCACCAACGGGCCGUCGAAUGCACAGUGGGAGAAGGUGGCCAAAUUGCGGGUACGCGGCUAUUUUGACUGUGUGCUCGUCUCAUCGGAUCUGCCGUGGGAGAAACCACAUCCGGAGAUAUUCUAUGCCGCAUGCAAUUUUCUCAAUGUCAAACCGCAGGAAUGCGCCAUGAUUGGUGAUAAACUCGAGACCGAUAUCAAGGGCGGACACCUCGCUCAAUUGGGUCUGACAUUCUGGACACCGUUGAACAGCAGCAGUGCUGCACAGUGCCUGGACGAUGUGGACUAUAAGCCGCAUAUAAAGCUGAACAAUCUGUUGGAGAUUUACAAAUACUUUCCGCGCUUAAAUGCGGUGGUGCCACCGCCAGCAUCGCCGAGCACAGCGCAUCGACGUGGCAGCCACAUGUGCUCCAGCAGCACCAGCAGCAGCUGUGAUAGUGAACGUGCCACAGCAGCAACAACACGUCAGCAACAACAACAACAGCAGCAGCAGCAACAGCAACAACAUCAGCAACAUCAGCAGCAACAACAAUACCAUCAAUGGGCAUAUAGAAGAGGCGGAUCUUUGCCGGCAAUGGAUUGUUCCAAUAGCGAGACGGAGAAUAGCUGCGAUAGUUUUCUCUAAUGAAAAAUCUAAUGAAAAUGUAAUGAAGUACCUUCAGUUUACAAAAAGCUAAAAAAAAACCACACACUAAACACAACCUGGGACACAACACUAGAAACAAGCAACAGAAAAUGAAUUAAUGUUAACUUAUGCAGGAAUUUUCAAGUUCAACUACAAAAAGCAGCAGAAGUCAAGAGGAUUAAGAAGAAGAAGCAGCAGCAGCUACAACAACCACGUUUAAUCUCGAAAUCUGCCAUAAAAAUACUCAAAUAGUUUUAAGGCUUUUUCCAACCACAACUUCCACUCCUUCAGCCACUCUCCAGGAACAGCAAAAAAAAAGAAAUAUAUAUACCUUAAAAUAUAAAAAAAAAUAUACAUAUACUAUAUGUAUAUAUCAUAUGUAUUUUUGUAAAAGCAAUGUGAAUAUGAAUAUAUAUACUUGUAUAAUAUAUAUACAUACAAUAUAUGGUACUGCAUAGGUUAGUGUGCACAACACCCUGUAUUUUUGUUGUUGUUUAUUUUUGCACCAACCGCACCACAAACAGAGCAACUCUACACAACUCUACAAA